CAAACCCUUUGCUUGAAGAAAAGCUAGUCGCCUAUCUUCGCCAUCUUAUUUAUCCAAUGUUUUGUUUUUGCAAUAAAAAGAACUUGAGUUGAGAAAUGAUGAAUGUUGAAUUAUAAGCUUUAAAAUUAGAGUUUUAUCCUAAAAGUUUGAGUUAACAUAAUAGUCCUUGUUUAACAUUUAUUUGUUUAGAAUGGAGCAUAAAUCAUGUGGAAAUUUAAAGAAGUUUUAUCUCAAAUUUUGAAAUUUCUGUUUUCAAAAGAUGUGAACAUGACAUCCAAAAAGGUAACUAUAAGUGAAAAACCUAAAGGGACCAAAACUGGCGUGUUUCGUAGAUCAGAGUCUGUUAUGCCAGCUGGUAUCACCUUGAAAAAGACACCUGGCUCUGUUAAGGAUAUUAACUGCAAUGGAAAAGAAGGCCUUCUUCGUCGAAGUUCAAUGAUAUGCUCUGAAGGAUUUGAUAAAUACACAUAUGAUUGCCAUAGGUCUGAUAUUCCCACUCGGACAGUAGGAUUUAACCUUGACAAAUUUACAAUACCAGAGGAGAAUACUUUGUCAAAAAACCUUUUACCAGUACCUAAGUCAAAGCAUACGUCCAUUUUGAAAAAAACCUCUAGUACUAAAAGUUUACCGCUCGUCAAAAGAGAUUCUGUAGUCCACCCGGGUCGCGUUGAUAUGCAAAGAUCUUUGUGUAUUGCUGGUAGAUUUCAAAAUCCUUGGCCUACUUGGAGGCCACCUACAUUUGCUAAUGUAUUGAAAUUUGGCAUAACCAAGAGUAACAGUAGAGUACCAUCAAAACAGGAGCUUGAACUAAUUUUGCCUAUUAUGAAACAAAAAUUUUCGAAACUUUCAAUACCUGAUGAUGGCAUUCGUAUCACUUGGUUUGGACAUUCCACAGUUCUUGUGCAAAUGCAUGGAUUAAAUAUUUUGACUGAUCCAAUAUUUAGUGACCGAGCUUCUCCAAGUCAAGUUGUUGGUCCAAAACGCUAUAGAGAUCCUCCAUGUUCUAUCCAUGAUCUUCCUCAUAUCAAUGCUGUCGUAAUUAGCCAUUCUCAUUAUGAUCAUCUUGACCUCAAUACUGUAACACUUUUAAAUGCAAGAUUCAAUACGGAUAUACGCUGGUUUGUACCUUUGGGUCUUCAAUCAUGGAUGCAAGAUGUUGGAUGUGAGAACGUAGUAGAAUUAGACUGGUGGGAGGAAAAUUGUGUUCCUGAACAUAGUGAUACAUUUUUUGUUUUUACUCCUGCUCAGCAUUGGAGUAAGCGUGGUAUUGGAGAUGAUAACAAGGUAUUAUGGGGUAGCUGGUGUAUUUUAGGUCCUAAAUAUCGAUUUUUCUUUGCUGGUGAUACUGGAUAUUGUGAUGCUUUCAAACAGAUUGGGCGUGUUCAUGGGCCUUUUGAUCUUUCUGCAAUACCAAUUGGAGCUUAUGAACCUAGAUGGUUUAUGAAAUAUCAACAUGUUAAUCCUGAAGAAGCAGUGCAAAUACAUUCAGAUGUGCGUAGUAAACGUAGUCUUGGAAUUCAUUGGGGAACAUUCAACUUAGCAAAUGAAGACUUCAAAAAUACUGUUUGCCGUAAAUGAUUCACUUACUUAAAAAUCCAUGAGAUUUGCUUUUGUACCUUACACUGUUUUGGAUGAGAUUCUAGUCAAAAAUAAAAAGUAUUUUUUUCCCCAUACUAUUCAUUAUUUUUUAAAUUUCGAUAUUUAUCAUACAUGUGAUUUUUAUACUAAUUAGUGAAAUUUUCUUAAUUUAAUUUAUCACAUUUGUGAAAAUCCAACUUUUUAGUUAUAUUAUUUAUUUUCAGUGAAUUAGGAUUUGCAUAGUGCAAUUCAUUAAAAUGCUCUUUUAAAAAGUCACUUUUUCGUUCCAUAAAAACUAUUUUUGUUCAUCGCACUUUAUUAACAUUGAUGUGAUUCAUAUUAACACUAUUUAUGUAUUGCAAUUCGUAAUGACUAGUUUUGCAAUUUAGACCAGAUAAUGAUACUUAGGAGAUUUGCAAUUCAUAAUUAUGCUAUUUAAUUAAAACUCACAUUAAUAUUAAGUUAGAUUACAAUUUAUAUGAUUUAACAAUAAAUCAUAAUUCAUAUUUUACUUAACUGACUUACAAAACUACUAUUGCAUAACUACUAUAUUACUAUUUUUGAAUCACUUACUGUGGUUCAUUUGUAUACACUUUGCAAUUCAUAUUUAUGAAAUUUUAAAAUCUGGUUUCUUGCUUGAUAAAAUUAAGAAAUAAAUAAUUAAAAUAUCCUUAAGAAAAUUUUUUUCAAUAAAAAGAUCACAUGUAUGAUUUAUGAUUUCUAGUGUUUAGAUAUUAGUUUGUUUAUUUUAGUUAUUACCUUGUUUUGUUAGCAGUUUGCUUUGCUUCUUAUUUCUAUUAUUUGUUGUAUAUCUCUAGGCUAUUCUUGUGUUAUAAUAUUUUUGCAAUUCUUUAUUUUCUCUUUCUGUAUAAAUUUGAGUUUACAUUUUAGCCUAGAUUUUAUUUUAUUACUAAUUGCGCAUGAAACAAAGGAGCAAAA